CAGGGCGCGCUCUCGCCCUAAACGGGGUCGCGCUGAGCUGUGUGCAGAUGUGUCGCAGAUUCGACACGUCCAAGUUGCUGCCGUUAAAUGACAAUCAAACUGUCGGGACUAUAACCCGGUGGUCGUGUUGGAAGCGGGGCACCCGUCCAGCUCUCGUUAGCUUAGUUUGAGGCGAAAAAAGACGCCACUUUUUUGGCAGGUCGGAGACGCGCGCAUUGAUGGAGCUGUCAGCGAUCGGCGAGCAAGUGUUUGCCGUGGAAUCAAUCGUCAAGAAAAGAGUUCGCAAGGGGAACGUGGAGUACCUGUUGAAAUGGAAAGGAUGGCCUCCAAAGUACAGCACCUGGGAACCCGAGGAGCACAUUCUGGACCAGCGUUUAGUACAAGCCUACGAAGAGAAAGAGCAGAGGGACAGAACGCUGAGUCACAGGAGGAAAGGAUCCAAAGCCAAAAGACUCCUGUUGCAGAAUGCAGUCUAUACAAUGGACCUUCGCAGCGCUCACAAGACCACAGACACGCGCCUACCCCAUUUACGUCUCUCCCUGACCCACUCGUUGGGUCUGGAGGAGGAGGAGGAAGAGGAGGAGGACGAGGAAGAAGAGGACCAGUCGUACAGUGGCUGCAGAGGGGCGCCCUGUUACCAAGGCAACAAGAGGAGGCCACAGAACAGAUGCCUUAACUCGAGGCCCCUGAGUCCAGCACAAGAGGACUGGAAAAGCCAAGGAGAGGAAGAAGAAGAAGAUGAAGAGAUGGACAUGGUAGAAGAUGAGGAGGAGGAGGAGGAAAUUCUGGAUACAGCAGAAAAAAGCUCCGCCAUGCCUCAAGGUCAGAAGAGGGCGGCCAAGUGGAGCCCCACUAUUGGCCAAGUUGAGAUGACUGACGCUGUCUGGACGCCUGUCAUCGGUCCGGGAGAGGUGACGGUCACAGACGUCACCCUCAACUCUCUCACCGUGACUUUUCGAGAGUCACGAGCGGCCAAAGGCUUCUUCCGAGUGUGGGGGCUGGAGGUUUGAACGGUUUGGGGCAAAAAAAGGAGGGAUUUUCAGUGUCAACGUGUCCUCUCUGCUUGUCAACUUACGGAUGACUUCCAGUCCAGCUUGUGGUUUGUUUCCAUGCACCUGUACAUGAGCUGAAAUGUGGUGUUGCCUUCACGGGAAGGGGGGUUAGAUACAUGUGCAUGUGUGUUGCUACCAAACUCACACAUUGUAUGUUGUCAAUACUAAAGCAAAAACAAACAAGCCAAUAUGAACAGUGAUAGGUGAGAAUGUUUAGUGUCUAUGUCCUUAUUUGCACUGAUUGUUUACUUGUCACUCUGUCUACCUUCAUUAUUAUAGGCCCCGUAACACAACAUGCUACAUUUUAAUACAGUAGAUCCCCGCUAUUUGCGGGGGUUGUUGUCCAAAACCCCCACAAAUGGCAAAAAAAACAACAAGAAAUCAGCGAAUAUGCGGGGGUCUACUGUAUUGCUUGCAACUCCUCCUAUGGAUGCUCUUGAAUGGCGCCCCUAGAGGUCACACUUUUAAAGAGAACACAAAUAUUUUUGAAUGUAAUAAAAGUACAGGAACCAAAUAUUGCACUAAAAAUGGAAGAAAAGACCAAAUGUAUAAUUAAGUGUGUUGCACUAAUGGACUAUCACUGUUGUAUGUUUUAACACAGCUAAUUUAAACUUCAGCAUUGCAUCUAGUGCAGGGGUGUCCAAAGUCAUUUAAAAAAGAAGUCUUAAAAAAAAAAACAGCAAAAAUGUAACAUUGUAAUAUGAUGAGGAAAAAAAACGUCAUUUUAUUAGCAUAAAGUUGAAAUAUUAAAGAACAAAGACCAUAUUUUACAGAUAAAAAUAUGAGAAACAAACAAAACAAUGAACCAAGGAAAAUAAAAAAAAAACAACUGCAAAGGGAGGAAAAGCAGCUGUAAUUUUACAAGAAUAAAGUCAAAAUAUUGAGAGGAAAAAUAAAAUAAUUUCAUUCACAUAGAGUUGAAAUAUUUAAAAAAAAAUUAAGUUGUAAUAUAGGAAACAGGGUGUAUGUUUUGGAAAAUAAGGUUGGACAAAAAGUUAUAAUAUGGGAAUAAAGUCAUAAUAUAAGAAAAGAGCGUUCAUGAAGAUUAUUUAAGAAGAAAGUUUAAAAAAAAAACAGCUAAAAUGGGGAAAGAAGAGCCAAGUUCGUACUAAUAAUACACUUUUUCACCUGUAGCUAAAAGCUGAAAUUCAUUUUGUUUUCUUGAAACGUAUAUCACCUCUUAGCAUAUCUAUAAAAAAUAUCGAAGUGGCCAUUGCAUCCUUUCAUUUUUCAGUCCACCCCUGAUCUAGUGGAUUAUAUUUUACGACAGUAUAGGGUUUGUUUUGUCAAUGAAGUCAAGUCAUGAAUUAACGCUUGAUCAAGUGCAGGUGCCACUGGAAUGCAUUUUGAAUGAUGAAUACUAAGCUCUAAGUUGUUAUGAUGAACAAAAGAUGUGUGCUCGCAUACAUAAAGCUACCGUUGUCCCUGGUGAUAUACAGUACAUAGAGUACAUGAAACGCCAGCGGAGUAAGCCAUACCAUGUAGUGUAUCUAACACGUACUCGACUUACCAUCCGUCUACAUUGGCUCAGUCUUGUGCGUGUUUCAACACCACAUGCAUGUCUCUUCCGUAUCAUCUACUGACUACACCCCUCACACUUCAGCAACCAUUUUACCUUCUCAAGGGACAAAAUGAUAGGGAAGGAGAUACUUUAGAGUAGUCAGUGUACAGCUUGUAUCGCAGUAGAGAUUUACCACCAUCUUUAAAGUAAGUCAACCCACAGCCAUUGUUGUCUAAAUAGCUGGCAACACAAGUGAGUGCAUCACCAAUAUUUUGUGUCACCUUCACCCUCAGCUGCUUUAGCAAGGCUCUUGUCAUCUUGGAGGUGUGUGUGGGCACCUCAACAUGUUGGAAAACUACACGCGGGCCAGUUUCACAUCAUGCUGUGCUUCGCAGCAGUCACGGAACAUGUUGGAAUUCAUGCUUGCCUCAUUAACCCAGUCUCAGCAGCACUCACGCAGCACCGGACCAUGAAGCCACAGGACACUAUGAUCUUGGUACUGGCUUGUGUUGGCAGCUUUUUGUCCAGGAAUGGCUGUGUUGACUUGUUUUCAAUGGACAGUUUAUCUACAGUAUACUGCUCAUUUAGUCUUGAUACUGUAGCAAUGCAGGUACAAGUAGUCACUGUUCUACAGCGUUUGACCUUUUAAAAUGAGAUAAAGCUGCAUUCCCCUGCACAAAUGUUACAAUUUAGAUUUUUCUCCGUAUCUUGGAUCACUUCUCGUGAAGCACUAGCCUGACUGAAAUGGUACAUGGACAGCAAAAAGUGACUGAAAAGAGGAUGUAUUCCGUGUCUCACACAGUGACGUCCCAAAACUGCAGGGAAUGGAAGUGAAGUGCCUGAUGUCGCGUCAUGUACUUUGUCACACGGUUGCUGUACCUCUGACGUACUGAAGACUUGAAAUAUGCUGAGAAUUGAGGACGGAAAGGGCAGUUUGCAGUCUUUAUUUUUCUACAAUAAACUGAAUGUAUAUUUAUUCUUUGGAGGAGAUCCUGUACGUGUGUAUGUGUCACAUGGGUGACAGAGCAGAGUAGUUUUAUACCGUUUGUGAUAAUGUGAUCCCAUAACUACUAUACUGUACCAUGCUGUCGUACCUUGCACUUUAUUGUCAUGUAAACCUGCACAUUUGAAAUGCUCCAGUUUGUUGACAACUUUUCUGUGAUGACACUAAAAUAAACGUGGCUCAUGCUUAAUAUUUCAUGUUCAUUCAA